ACCCCCAAUCUAACCACCACGACCAGCCAAGAUGACAGAUAAUAAGAGCAAGCUCGCUGCUCUUGCAGCGAAGCGCAAGGCUGAAGCUGAGGAUGAAGUCAGCACGAAGUCAAAGCCGAAGUCUUCUGUGGCAUCAAAACCGCAAACAAAAAUCUCUCGGGGGUCCGAGAAAACAGCAACAUUACGGGAGGAGGAAUUCGAGAAGAAGGAGAGAGAACUAAGCAAACGCAAGAACCUCGACGAAUAUGACCAAGGUGACGGAUUUAUUGUAGACGAUGAAGAUAUUGAGCAGGAAGGAUCUGGAUCCGAACAAUCUGAAGAUACCAGCGAAGAGGAAAUGGAGACACGUCCUAAAAAGAAAAGCGUCACAAAAAUGAAGGAAAAGGGCUCAUUGCCAAGCCGAAGAUCUAAGGAACCGCCCAAAAAAAAGAAGAAGGCUGACAACGAUGACGAGGGGGAUGUUGGUAAUGAUGAGAGUGACGACGAUCUAGGGGCCGAAAUGGACUUCCUGGACACCAGCAACAUUAUACAAGGUGGCCGUCGUACUCGCGGGAAGAAGAUCGAUUACACGCAGUUUGGCCCCGAUGACGAGGAAGACGAAGAUUAGGACCUUUUUCUCUGCGACUUUACGCGAUGUGCAAUGACUGUAGUUACGCUUUCCUGCUCUAACAAGAUGUAAUGGUUUGCCUGAUUCCCCGCCAGAAACAUUCUUGUUUUCAAAGUCAGGCCCGUGCUUGUGAAGCUCCUUUAGCAACUGCUUUACGUGCUGUCCCGGAAUUUAGUGUCGUCAGCCUCGCUACCCUACUAUACAUAGACUAUUGAAAAGGGGUCUAUACAAAUGCACUUC